GAGUCCGGCCCCCACGAGCUGGCGAGCGGUCUUGAGCUCACACCCGGCUUCUCCUCAGCCUUAUCCUGCGCGCCGCCAUCACCGUCAUGCUAGGCGCCGCUGUCCGCCGCUGCUCGGUAGCAGCAGCCGCAGUCGCCCGGACCAGCCCUCGAGGCCUCCUGCACACCACUCCGGCCCCCGGCCCCGCCGCCGCUAUCCAGUCAAUUCGCUGCUACUCCCAUGGGUCACAUGAGACAGAUGAGGAGUUUGAUGCUCGCUGGGUGACAUACUUCAAUAAGCCAGAUAUUGAUGCUUGGGAAUUGCGUAAAGGGAUGAACACCCUUGUUGGCUAUGAUCUGGUUCCAGAACCCAAAAUCAUUGAUGCUGCUUUGCGGGCAUGCAGACGCUUAAAUGAUUUUGCUAGUGCAGUUCGCAUCCUAGAAGUUGUUAAGGACAAAGCAGGACCUCAUAAGGAAAUCUACCCCUAUGUCAUCCAGGAACUUAGACCAACUUUAAAUGAACUGGGAAUCUCCACUCCAGAGGAACUGGGCCUUGACAAAGUGUAAACCCCAUGGAUGGGCUUCCUAAGGAUUUAAUGAUAAUGCUACUUGAUUGUAAACAAUCACCUGGAAAUACUGAUGAAAACAUAUUACCUUAUUUGAACAAGUUUUCCUUUGUUGAGUACCAAAGCAUGUAAUGUAACUUGGACUUUAAUAAAAGGGAAAUGAGUUUGAACUGAAA